AAAAAAGAAGGGUUCACCCCCUUGUUUAUAACCCUAGCGCCUACCCUCCCCCAUCCAUCUUCCUGCUCGCCACCGCCGCCGCCCUCAAAAUUGGCCUAAGUGCCGCCGGAAGGCGGAAGGAGAGGAUGAAUCGCGUGCGGUCGGAAGAUCUUGCAGUCGAUAGAGCGAUCGAUCGGUACGGAAUUCAUGAGGUUAGAGGGCCUCUGCUAGUCGGUGGGGUUGAUUUGCUCAACACACGAACUGGCCUCUUCUGUGAUAACGGGUUGCGCCACAUCCUCACCGAUGAGCAGCGCUUUCGAGCUUAUUUGGAAUUCCGCGAGCAGGCGUUCCAAAUCGCCGUGACUGAACUGAUGUCUGGAGCGGAAUCAACUGUUGAUAUGUUUCUAUCAAUUGCCGCGGAUAGAGAGCAAUUCGGUAGCCAUCUUGUUGAGUACAUGUUGCCCUGCACGAGGCAUGAUGGGAUUUCCUCCAUCUUCCUGCAAUCCGCCAUUGACCGUGAUGGACCUAAUGGAUCUGAGGCUGAAAAGUUGCUUCGCCGACGAUUGUAUGCUCUUCAGAGAUAUUUUGCACUCCGAAGACUUCUUGUGAAGCUUGACUUUAUUCAGUUGAGUAGUGAUCCUGAAGAUGUUAUAAAAAGGCUUAAAUCUUCAAUUAGAUGCCCAGAGCUGCAAGAAGACGAGCUAAGCUAUUCUUUAAAGAGUCAUAUGAACUUUCUGAAGAAAUAUGUGGAGAAGAAAAUGGACCCUGCAUACAGCAUAUCUGAGUAUGAAAAUGUAGCUUUGAAGAAGAUCAAUUCAGAGCUGAGUUCAGAAUUACAGAAGCAUUUGGAUCUCUGUGAUUGGAGGCUUAUGCAGCAAUACUAUGACCGUAUGAAAUUAAGGAGGCUUGCAAGAGAGUGUGCUAUUCAAGCACAAAUGACUGGAACUAUUAUUAUUGGAGAGGCUCUGCCUAUAAGAAAGCAUGGGAAGGAAAAUAUUCUAUCUGCAAAUCUGGAAGAGAAGUUACCUUUAUUUAAAGAAGCAGUGAAACAGUCACUUAAUGGUUACAUCAGUAGAAUACAACAGAAGUUCAGGAGUGGAGCCGGUAGGCCGUUGCCAUUGCUAUUUCUCGGUACAUUUGCAACGAUUGCAACAUGGGGCAUCAAAACGGAGCGUUAGAGCUGGCUCCUGCCUGUUUAACGGUAUGGACUUGUUGUAGUAUUUUCUUUUGGUUUUGAUAGGCGACUAAUCUGUUUAGUAAAGGUGAACUACUUUAUGUUGUUAGCAUUAUGAAAUAAAAAGCCUUUGCCUGA